UCCAAGGCUGUUUUUCACAAACUAUUACUUUUAUACAGUACUUUGUAAAUAUGGGUGAGAAUAGAUUGUUCAGAGGUAAAAUAGAGAAGAGAAACACAACAAAUUAAUUAUUAAGGAAGGCGGAACUCCCCUCAGUGUUUUUUUGAAAGCAUCAACCUAUUUUAAAAAAUAUAAAUCCGUCUUAAAAUGACGUCAGACGUUCAAGUGCAAACUCAGCAUAGUCCAGCAAACAUAAUGGCUGGUGAGAGUAAGAAGCUGUACGCUGAGGAUGAUAUUAGUAAACUAGCAGUUCUCAAAUCUACAGAUUCUAUUCCACGAAAGUACCUUAUGUGCGUUGCUGCCGCCAGUGUUGCUGAAGCCACGACAUAUCCGUUAGAUCUGACCAAGACAAGACUGCAGUUACAAGGUGAAAUUGCUUCUGGAGGUGCAAACCUGCAGUAUAGAGGAAUGUUUAAAACUACGCUUGGGAUAAUAUCAGAAGAGGGAUUUUUCAGUCUAUGGCGCGGCAUUCUUCCAGCUCUGUAUAGACACGCAAUCUACACAGGUUUUCGUAUGUCAGCUUAUGAAGAAAUAAGGAACAGUCUUAGUAAAACAGAUUCUCAGGGGCACCAAACAGGGUUCCCUCUGUGGAAGAAAGUUGUUGCAGGAAUGCUAGCUGGAGGUAUCGGUCAGUUUAUGGCUUCACCUACAGAUCUUAUUAAAACUCAAAUUCAGAUGGAAGGAAAGAGAAGGUUAAUGGGGAAAAAGCCAAGAGUUACAGGAAUGUCAGACGCAGUAAGAAAAAUCCUGCGUCAAUCUGGUAUCCCUGGUUUGUGGCGCGGUUGUUGGCCAAAUGUGCAGCGUGCCGCGCUUGUUAAUUUAGGAGAUCUAUCAACAUACGACAGUGUCAAAAGACUGAUUCUAGAUAACACAAGAUUAAAGGACAAUUCUACAACACAUUGCCUCUCUUCUGGAUGUGCAGGAUUGGUUGGGGCUGUGAUGGGAACACCAGCUGACGUCAUCAAGGCUCGGAUGAUGAACCAACCAACAGAUGGGAACGGACGGGGAACCCUCUACAGGAAUUCUUUUGACUGUCUCCGUCAAACCGUACAGGGAGAAGGAUUCCUAGCUGUGUAUAAAGGAUUCCUGCCUUGUUGGCUACGAAUGGCUCCCUGGUCUCUCACAUUCUGGCUUUCUUACGAACAGAUCAGACGGUCAUUUGGGGCAAAAGCCUGGUGAUCUGGACGCCAAGAUGUUGUUUGGUUUUUAAAACCAGUUUAGAGCUUUUAUUACACGUUUUUAUGAUUCAAUCAAUUGAAAUAUUCUUAUAUCAGAUUAGAGUUUAGAUAUGCUCAGACUUGAUGGAAAUAUUAAAUAAUUAACAAGCUUUAGGCGCGUGUUAAAUCCUGGGUCCAAUCAUAGAAGAGAACGUUUUUAACAAUCAAUUUUUCUUUUAAAAUAUAAGACAAUUACCGACAUUAUUAAAACGUGAAAAUGUGGAUAUUUAAAAGCACAACUCAUAUGAAUAAACCAUCAAUUGGUCAACUUUUGUUUAUAUAUUGAUAGAUGAAUAAUGUGUUUUAUGUUUAUUGUACUGCAACUGUCUGUAUUAUAAGCAACUUAAUAUAUAAUGUGUGGACCUUGCACAUCAAGUUCUAUAGAAUUUUCCUUAUUGAUGAUUAUAGGUUGUAAUAUCUGAAUGACUUGUUUGGAAUUACAUUGAUUUUUUAACGAUCCGAGUCGAAAAAUGCAACCUUCUGAAUUUGUAUGGACGUUACGUUCUUCAACAGAUAGAAGUAACAUUAGUAGCAACCACCAUCGAAUAUUUUUCGACAUAAGCCUAUGCCCCUUUUCAUUUUUCGCAGACACUCUUUAAGCAAGUAAUUGUCAUCACAUAAAAAGCUUUUUUAUCAUUCACUUCAUUAUCGAACAUGUUGUUACAUGGUUCAGUACAGUACAGUACAGUACAGUACUGUGUCGUUCCUAUUACCAUUUCAUUAAUAAACAAUUUGCACACA